AUGGCGGAGCCCAUUCACUCCCGCCUCGACCGCGCAGCGCUCGAGGAGCGCUGUCAGCAGGCCGAGCGCCGCAUCGCCCAGCUCGAGCGGUCCAACAAAACGCUGAAGGGCAAGCUCGCCUUCUUCUACGAGAGCGAGCCCGUCACGGCGAGAGACGCGUUCAUGCGGCUGCUGACGGAGCUGAUGCGCGCGUCCCGGCGCUACGUGCACCGGCUUCGCCUCGCUGCCUCGGCGAGGCCGCGCAUACUCCUGUCGCUGCUCGUGCUCGGCAUCAGCCUCACGCUCACGCGGCUGCUCCUUCCGACGCCGCUGCUGCAGCUGCCGGUCGAGCGGCGUCCUCUGCGAGCGGCGGUGCGCAGCUGCUCGCGCAGCCGGCUGCGGCACGUCUACCUCUGCCGCGACGCGGGCGGCCGGCUGCGGGAGUGCCUGUGCGACCCGCCGCGCGUGGGCGGCGGCGGCUGCAACGAGUCGGACGCGGACAUGUGCAACGCGGGCGGGCAGGGUCCGUACUGGCGCUUCUUCCACGAGCUUCCCGAGGCCGAGCGGAGCAGCCGCCUCUGCUUUGGGCUGUUUGCCGCCUUCAAGCCGGCGCGGCGCGAGCCGGGCGAGGCGGAGCGGCAGCGCUGCCUCAACAGGCUCGAGCGGAGCUACUGGCCCGAGGCGGUGCGUUACGGCGGCGGGGUCAGCCUGGUGCUCGCGCUGCUGCUGGUCCGCCGGCUCGAGAGGAACGCAGACCCGGCCCUCAAGGCGGCGACGCUGCGCGUCGGCCUGCUCCACCUGCCGACGGGCCGCUUCGCAGACAUGGGCUCCGGCGCCGUCGUCAAGCGGGACGCGGGCGAGUGCUACAUCCUCACGGCGGCGCACGUGCUUGUGGGCUACCGCGCGCGGCGGGCGAGGGACGAGUACGCGGGCCCCGACUGCCUCCUCACGUUGGGCGUGUACGAGGGCGACGCGAAGCCGGCGCGGUGGGUGGCGUGGGCGAGCUGCGUCACGCCAGACAGUCUGCUGCGCAGCUGCUCGGACGACGGCGCCACGCUGCAGGACUUGGCGGUGCUCAAGGUGGGCGGCGCGCUAGCGCUCGACCCGCCCGCGUACGGCAAGGCGCAGAACGCCUUCUCGCGCUUCGAGGUUGCCGCCCGCUCCGACGACCCCGCGGAGGGGGUGGGUCGGAUGCCUCCGCCCCUCGAGCUCGACCGCAGCCGCAGAGCCCUCGCGCAUGGCGCCGACCUCUCCGUGUGCGGCUGGGCGUCGUGGCGGGACUCGAUGCGGCAGCUCUACCUCGACCGCUCGCGCUGCCUCGGCGUGGACAGCGGGCUCAUCCGCAGCCGGCUGUGGGUGCACGCCGGCUCGUCGGGCGGCCCGUGUGUCAACGCCGCCUCGCAGGUGGUCGGCGUCGUCUCGCACGACAACGACGCGCACGCGGACCCAAAGAGGUUCUGGUCGUCGCACCGCGCCGUCACCGAGCUCACUCCGGAGCACGGGCUGCCGCCCGAGGUCUACGAGCCCGAGACGGUCCUCGAGGCGCUGUAUUUCAGUUGUACGUACUUUUAG